CGCUGCCCCUUUCUCCGCCCCCACCGCGCACCGCCCCGACCAGGCACGGGAACAACGCCGCCCCUCCUCCCCCUCCCCUCCCCGCGGGCGCCGUCGCCCCCCAGGCCCCCACGCCGCCGUUCCCUGCUGACCUGACCUGCCCUCCGCUUCCGCAUCCGAAGCCCGCCUUCGCCUCGUGCUAGGGGAGACCAGGGGCCUCCUCGAGUCCCCGCCGACAGCUCCCGCCGCCUCCUGGACGGUCCAGGUGGAUCCCAUCCGCCGACCCUCCCCAAGAGGGGCUAGCUCAGCUCCCUGAUCUGAGCUGAAAUUAGUUGCCUUUUUGUUCUUGCGCAGGAUCUGAACAGUCCGGGCGAGCUGAUGUACGGCUCGCCGGUGUCCAAGGACCUGAACCUCCCGGUGCAGCCGCCGAUGGCCUCGUCCGGGCUGCUGAGGUACAGAUCGGCGCCCAGCACGGUGCUCGGCGAGCUCUGCGAGGACUUCCUCCCGGCCGGGGCCCGCGCCGCCAGCCCUGAUGCCGGCGCCGACAACGUCUUCGCCAGGUUCCUGGCCGACCACCACAUCCGGGACGACAAACCGGCGCCAGCGCCUGCCCCGGCCGCGGGCCACUUCGCGAGUGAAGCAGACAUGGCCUCGCAGCAGCAGCAAAUGAUGUUCCACUCCCAGCACCAGCAGGAGAUGGUGAGCGCCAAGUCCGGGCUCUACCGCACCGUCAGCUCCGGCAUGGAAACCGCGUCCGCUGCAGGCGCCGGCGUCGGUUCCAGCAACCUGACUCGGCAGAGCAGCUCCCCCGCCGGAUUCCUCGAUCAUUUGAACAUGGAAAACGGGUACGGGGCCAUGCUGAGGGCGGGCAUGAGCAUGGGCUUCAGGGACGGCAGCAGCGCCGCCACGGCCGACUCUCUUGCAGGUGGCAGCAGCAGGCUAAAGGGGCAGUUCAGCUUCUCAUCACGGCAGGGCUCGUUGAUGUCACAGAUCUCAGAGAUGGACAGCGAGGAGGUCGGAGGGAGCAGCCCAGAGGCUGCCGCUGGUGGUAGGGGGUACAUCCCUGGGUACACGAUGAGCUCCGGGUGGGAGGACUCGUCGACGCUCAUGUCGGAGAACCUAUCUGGGAUGAAACGCCCUCGGGAUUCGUUAGAGCCUGGGCAGAAUGGCCUUACACACCAGUUCAGCCUGCCGAAGACGUCUUCGGAGAUGGCAAAUAUUGAGAAAUUCCUCCAGUUCCAGGACGCUGUGCCUUGCAAGAUCCGUGCCAAGCGGGGAUGUGCCACACACCCACGCAGUAUUGCCGAGAGGGUGAGGAGAACAAAAAUCAGUGAGCGAAUCCGAAAGCUGCAAGAACUCGUCCCAAACAUGGACAAGCAAACCAACACUUCUGACAUGCUGGAUUUGGCUGUCGACUACAUCAAAGAUCUCCAGAAGCAGGUUAAGGUGUUGAAGGAGAGCAACGCUAAUUGCGCAUGCUCAGUUAUCAAGAAUCAGCAGCACUCUGAUUGAAGCCCCCAACUCGGCAAUGUACACUGCACAAGACCUGCAGACGUCAAAAGCAAGUUCACUCGGCAUAAAAGAUGUAAACACAGCUCACGUUUCUUUUGAGGGGUUUUGAAUAGCAGCAGUUGGGAGGCUUGUCUACAAUGCUAUGUCACUGUAUGAGCAAAGGGGCAUGGAUCGGUGGCAUCAUCAAGUAUUCAAGUGACAAGGAGAUGGGUGGAAGUGGAAGUGGGGAAACAUAGGAGAAACAAUUGUAUAGUUUGGUUGUAACUUCGCUAUAUAUACUACCCUUUUGGUCGAAAGUUAUUACUUUACCCCUACUAGUGCAGCUGUAAAUGUGCCGCAGAUAAAUAGAAGAAAAACUUGAAGGUGUUCAAUGGAAGCAAUAUUGUUUCAACUCUAUGAACA